AUGAAGUUCAGCGUCAUCCUUCCAGCUCUCUUCGGAGCCUUGGCUCUUGCUGCACCACGCCCAAAUGGUGACACUAGCCCCGAGACUAUCACUGACCAGUUCAGCGUCUCCAACCUGCGAGCCUCGACCCAGAAGAAGAAUGGCAGGUCAUGGCAACAGGUUUCGUUCGACUUUGAAGACAAGAGCACGAAUGCACCAGACUGGACAACCUGCUCGAUCAGCUGGAAGGGCAAGACUCCACCUCACAGAUCAUUCCGCUGCGAUGAUGGUUGGGUCACUGCCGAGCUCGAAUACUUCGAUGACGUCCAGAACUUCCAAGUGAACCUCAAUCACGCUUAUGGCGAGACAUGCGAGAACUGUAACAACGAAGAGGACGAGGACUACGAGGGUGAGGUUGGUUCCUGCGAGGUCGAGGUCAAUGACUUGCGCAUGGGUUCGGUCCAAGAGAAGGACGGCGUUAAGUGGUCUGAGGCCAAGAAGAGCAACAUUCUGUGCCCGGUCGACUACGACUAG